AUCCAAUGAAACAGAGAACUAAGUAAAAACAUAACAGAAGGAAAUGACAUUUAGCCUGCUCGAUGUUCGUUGUUUUGCUUUACUGACAUCGACCAGCAGCUACAGCUAGCUAGUAACGCGAGACGCAACAGUUAGCUAUGCGUCUGUCUUAGUUAAGUAGUCAGCUAUUGAGACAUUUCUAAGUGGACUGACAGCAUAAAGCGAGGAUGGCCCAGUGGGACAGACUGAGGCAGCUGCCUGCUGUGUACGGACAGCAGUUACAUGAGCUCUAUGACAGAGAUGCUUUACCUAUGGAUGUUCGGCAUUACCUGUCUGUCUGGAUAGAGAAGCAGGAGUGGCGGCGAGCAGCAAGGGACCAUGACUUGGCUGUAGUGCUGUUACAGGUCCUGCUGGAGAAUCUGGAUAUCCAACACAGCCGCUUUGUCCAGGAAGAGUCAUUCUUACUGCAGCAUAACAUUAGACGUUAUAAGCAGAACUUUCAGAGGUACCUGGAAGAGCCGUGUGCUUUGGCAAGUACAAUCCUCUGGUUUUUGGAAAAAGAGAAGGAAAUCCUGCAGAGCGCUGAUCUGGCAGAACAGGUCCAGUUUUUGCAAGUAGAGCAGGAAGCCAUGGAGACAAGCAGCCAGCAGGACCUGGAACGUAAAAUGGCGGGCCUCAGGAAUGAAGUGCAGUGCAUGGAACAUACAAUGAUAUGUCUGGAGGAGCAGCAAGAUGAGUUUGAUUUUAAAUACCAAACCCACAAGAUGGAAGCUGUGGUAGAUGAGGCCCUGAAGAAGAAUCAAAUCAAAAAUCUUCAGUUACUUGUCAACAGACUGAAUGAUUGUAGAAAGAGCACACUGUUGGACCUAAAUAAGCUCCUGGACAGGACUGAAGACCUGAUUGACAUAUUGGUGAAGAAAGAGCUUGUGGAGUGGCAGAGGAGGCAGCAGAAAGCCUGCAUAGGUGCUCCAGAUGAUGUUUGCCUGGAUCAGUUGGAGAAGUGGUUCACCUGUGUGGCAGUGUGUCUGUUCCAGGUGCGGGAAUUUCUUAGUAAGCUGGAGGAGCUUAUAGGAAAAGUCUCCUACGACAAUGACCCUGUGAAGUCCCAGAAACCUGCACUGCAGAAGAGAGCAGAUAAUCUUCUGAAAGACUUACUCAAGAGUUCCUUUGUGGUUGAGACUCAGCCAUCUAUGCCUCAGGGGAAAGGACCUUUGGUUCUCCGCACAAAUGUCCAGUUCUCUGUCAAGACCCGACUCCUUGUUAAGUUUCCUGAGCUGAACCACUCCAUGAAAGUGAGUGUAUCUAUGGAGAGGGAGGCUCCUCAGAUCAAAGGAUAUCGGCGUUUUAAUGUACUGGGGACCAAAACUAAGGCAUUGAACAUGGCAGAGAGCCAAAGCGGAGGCAUGGUGGCUGACUUCAGACAUCUGACUCUGAAAGAGCAGAAGUCUGGAGGUAGCAGCAAAGGAGCCAGUGAUAUUCCUCUCAGUGUUACAGAGGAGCUACAUGUCAUCUUCUUCGACACUUUAUUUGAGCUGAAAGGCUUGUCAGUUGAGUUGCAGGCCUCUUCCCUCCCAGUUGUCAUCAUCUCCAACUCCAGCCAGCAGCAGAGUGCCUGGGCGUCUGUCCUCUGGUUCAACAUGCUCAGUCAGGACACCAAGGACGUCAUGUUCUUUGCCAACUCUCCUGCAGCCACUUGGCCUCAGUUUGGAGAGAUGUUGAGCUGGCAGUUUCUCUCUGCCACUAAACGUGGUCUGAAUGAUGAUCAGCUUGAAAUGAUUGCACACAGACUCUUUGGAAAGCACCUGAACUAUGACACCUGCAAAGUGGCUUGGUCAAAAUUUUGCAAGGAGAAUACUCCUGACACCUUCUGGGUGUGGUUUGAUGGCAUCUUGGUGAUGGUGAAAACAUACCUUGAGGACCUGUGGAGGGAUGGCCUCAUCAUGGGUUUCGUGAGCAAAGGCAAAGAGAAGUCUCUCUUGAAGAAAAAGCAGAGAGGCACGUUCUUGUUGCGCUUCAGUGAAAGUGUCAUCGGAGGAAUCACUUUCUCCUGGGUGGACACCACUGCAACUGGUGAGCCUGACGUAAAGACAGUCCAGCCCUUCACCAAAGUUGACCUUACCCAGAUCCCCUUCCAUGAAAUCAUCAGGAAUUUUCAGAUCUUAGAAGCUGAAAACAUCCCAGAAAAUCCUCUACUCUAUCUAUAUCCCAACACCCCUAAAGACGAGGCUUUUGGAAAAUACUACUCUGACAAGAGUGGAGUUGACAGUCCGUACAUCAAGUACAUCAAAACCAAGCUGGUGUUUGUCUCAAAAGAGAACACACUGGAGGCUAAGUCACCCAUGUCCUCAGACAUGGUACAGGGUGAAGGCCUGGAGUCAUUGAAUGACCUGUGUGGAGAGGCAGCUGAACAAGAUGAGAAUUGUCAUUCUCUGGAUUCACCUCUGGAAACCUGCCAUCCUGAUGUCAUGCUGUCUGACUUGGCCGAAACACCACAGGAUGAGUUACUGAUGUAUGUCAACAAUUUCAACCACUUUGCUGGUACCGGCAUCUUUGAUGAUGAUACAGGGCUAUUUAACUGCCUGACCUCACAAUCCUGUGGAAGCAUUUUACAGUAAGCAUCUGCAAUGUGUAUUUAACCAAACCACUAUAUCACUCAUUGUCAGCUUUACUCUCAGCUACUUAAAUCAACAUCCAUGUCAGAAAAACUGAAGUCUACAUAGCACCUGCUAACAAAAUAAUUUGCUUUGAGUACUUUCUUUCAUUUGAAAUACUUGACAGCCCUUCUGAUCCUGAUAGUCUGUAUUUAGAAAUAGCUUUUCAGGCAAAAUUCAGUGUUUGUUUGCACCUUUUAAAGCAUUAGAAUAUAACUUUUCUAAUUUAUUUUUUAUCAUGUUAAUUAUUUGUAAAUUCUGAUUUGAUUUUGUGAGACAAUUUGAAGACAUAAAAGAGAGAUAACUGAAUGAGCUGCAUAGCAACUCCAUUAGUGUCCCAGGCUCAAAUUUCAUGCAUCAUAAACUGCUGUGUUUGCAGAGGUGUUGUAGAGAACAUUGCACAAACUGCACAUAAUUUAUUGUCUUGUUGUUUGAGUCCCUUUUGUCACCCACAGCAUGUGAUUAUAAUGUACUAAAACAUGCAAUUUUGUUCUUUGUAGGUAUGUGCUUUUAUAUCUGUUGACAAAUAUUAUUACCAAUAAAAGGGAAAUGGCCAACUGCA